GAAUCAUUUGCUUUUAUGAUGUGCAAUGGAAAUUCGACUCAUAUCGAAUAUGAUGGAUCAGGACAUAUUAUAAAUGAUUUAGCACUUUUCACUGAUUUCAAACCACUGGCUGAGCCAAUUCGCAUAACUGUAGCAAAGAUGGGAGAAGUUGUCGAGGCAACACAUAUUGUUAGUGUUAGCAUAAAAGUCAACACAACCCUUGGCUACAGCGGAGAGCUGAUGGAUGUCCUCUACAGUAGGAGUGUGCCAGCAAAUCUCAUCUCAGUGAGACGUAUCCAGGAGGCUAGAAUGUCAGUGAUAUUCACAGAAACUGGCUUGGUGGAGAUCAAAAAGGGGAAUACGACCAUGAUUACAGGUCACCAAGAAGCUGAUUUAUUGACAAAAUCAUUGGAAUCUCCUCAGUUCAAGGAAUUGAGAGAAAAAAUAGGACUGCAAGAGAAUUAG